UAAAUGUAACAAAAAAAACCCAAACAUUAAGUACUAUUUUGAUAAUUUUCUCCAAUAAAUAAAGCAGCCAUUGAAACUAAAGCUCAAAAAUCAGCAAAACAAUGCAAGUAGUAUCAAGAUGUCGUCUCUUCUCCAUUUUCCCCCAAAUUAUCAAUCUCCAUUCACUUCCCAAAAUCUCCAUUUCCCAAAACCCAAACCCAAAAACAAGAAAUACCCAUUUUUAUAUUCAUGCCAGUGCUUCAAGAACCUUCAAAUCUUCAUCAACUACUUCAAAUUCAGCUUCUAUAUUGGCCAAGAAAGUGUUGUUUAUGCCACCUGGAGUUGAACCUGAUGAUAUUACUGAAGAUAUGAUAUUACCUGGUUCAAAUAUUGUUGUUGGACCCUAUGCUGGUGAUGCUAAGAUUAAAGAGGUUGAGUUUGUGAAGAGUAGUAAUAAACCUAAGGAUUGUCCUAAAGAUGAAAGACCUGAAUUUGCUAUGUUGGGUCGGUCUAAUGUUGGAAAAUCAUCACUUAUUAAUUCUUUGGUUAAGAAGAAAGAAGUUGCACUUACUUCUAAAAAACCAGGGAAGACUCAGCUGAUUAAUCAUUUUUUGGUGAACAAGAGUUGGUACAUUGUGGAUUUGCCUGGCUAUGGUUUUGCUAAUGCUUCUGAAGCUGCUAGAAUGGAUUGGUCUGCCUUCACAAAAGGCUACUUUUUAAAUCGAGAUAGCUUGGUGUCGGUUCUGCUUUUAAUUGAUGCUAGCGUACCCCCUCAGAAGAUUGACCUUGAUUGUGCUAAUUGGCUUGGACGCAAUAAGAUACCAAUAACGUUCGUUUUCACGAAGUGUGACAAAAUGAAGGGAGGGAAGGCAAAAAGGCCAGAUCAGAAUAUUAGAGAUUUCCACGAGCUUAUCAGGGAGAAUUAUAAGCAUCAACCUCCUUGGAUAAUGACUAGUAGUGUUUCUGGUUUGGGUAGGGACGAGCUACUCCUUCAUAUGUCACAGCUUCGGAACUAUUGGGACAACGUGUAGCUCAAACAAAGCAUCAACUUUGUAUUGUAAGUAUGAUGAUCGCAUAAUUUGAGCUUAAAAGAAGCAGCGAGGAUUCAUAUAGAUUCAUAUAGCUGACCUCAACUUGUUUGGGACUGAGGCAUAAUUUGAGCUUAAAAGAAGCAGCGAGGAUUCAUAUAGCUGACCUCAACUUAUUUGGGACUGAGGCAUAGUUAAUGUAUGGAAGAGUUACUUACCUCCCUUGUUUGGUCAAAACAUAAAAAGGCUCUCCUUCAGGUGCAGAAUCUAAAUGUGGCUUUGUGCUCUCUGUUGUCCCAGAUUGACCUGAAUAUUGAUAUGUACUUGCCAGACUGGCCUAUUGCCAAUUCCAUUUAGAGGGUUAUGUUCUCUGUUUAUAUUUGUAUUCCCAUGUGUGGGACUCCUGACUCUUCUUUUGUCCUGAAAUGAUCUGUUUCCAUUAUGAAUACAUCAAAUUAUUGUAAUGCUUGCA